AUGGAAACUGAAAAGAAGAAAACUUGGAGUCGACUGGAAUUUGGAAUAGGAAGAGGAGAAGAAGGGUGGGUGGCUACCGAGUUUCAGGGCCGCCAGCCUCCAGGGAGAGGGGGGCGCGAUGAUGAGGAAGAUCAUUUUAUUCAUUCUAAAAAGAUGUUAAGAUGUUUGGUGACACUUCUCUACUUAUUAGUUAUUGUUAGGGCAACAGUAAAUACAGAUUACCUAAACCCCCAUUUACCAAUCCCAGCAAGAAUCAACAAAUUGUUGUCAAAAAUGACAUUAUCAGAGAAAAUUGGACAAAUGGUCCAAAUAGAUAGAUAUGUAGCGUCACCUAAAGUCAUAAAACAAUAUAAAAUAGGUAGCGUUUUGAGCGGGGGAGGAAGCGUUCCGUCGCCAAAAGCGACACCACAAGAAUGGGUUGAGAUGGUGAAUGGGUUUCAAAAAGGUGCACUCUCAACAAGGCUGAAGAUUCCUAUACUUUAUGGGAUUGAUGCUGUUCAUGGACACAAUAAUGUUUAUAAGGCCACUAUUUUUCCUCACAAUAUUGGCCUUGGAGCUACCAGGGAUCCUGAUCUUGUGAAGAGAAUUGGAAAUGCAACCGCGCUCGAGGUGAGAGCUACAGGAAUCAACUACGUUUUCGCGCCCUGCAUUGCGGUUUGCAGAGAUCCUCGAUGGGGAAGGUGUUACGAAAGCUACAGCGAGGAUCCCGAGAUUGUGAAGAACAUGACAGAUAUCAUUUUAGGGCUUCAGGGAGAAAUUCCUCCUGGUUUUCCCAAGGCCGUUCCUCAUGUUGGUGGACAGAAGAAGGUUGCAGCUUGUGCAAAACACUUCGUUGGUGAUGGUGGCACUCAACGUGGAAUCGAUGAGGGCAAUACAGUGAUAGAUUGGGACACAUUGCUGAGAAUUCACAUGCCUGGUUAUGUCGAAGCCAUUCAAAAGGGUGUGUCCACAAUCAUGGUUUCCUACUCAAGCUUGAAUGGACUCAAGAUGCAUGCUAAUCAUGAUCUUGCUACUAAUUAUCUCAAGAACACUCUUAAUUUCAAGGGAUUUGUCAUCUCUGAUUGGGAAGCUCUUGAUAGGAUCACUGAUCCUCCUCAUGCAAAUUACACGUACUCAGUUUUAGAAGGGAUUAAUGCUGGAAUCGACAUGGUCAUGGUUCCGUAUAACUACACAGAGUUCAUCAACACUCUGACUUAUCUUGUCAAGAAUAAUUGCAUUCCCAUGAGCCGUAUUGAUGAUGCUGUUAGCAGAAUAUUGGGAGUAAAGUUUCAUAUGGGCCUUUUUGAGAAACCGAUGGCUGAUUAUAGUCUUGCCUCCAACCUAGGAAAAGAUGAUCAUAGAGAAUUAGCAAGAGAAGCUGUGAGGAAGUCUUUAGUACUCUUGAAGAAUGGCGAGGAUGCAGAUAGUCCUAUCUUGCCUCUUCCUAAAAAGGGAGCUAAGAUUUUGGUUACAGGUAGUCAUGCUAAUAACUUGGGUUAUCAAUGUGGUGGCUGGACCAUUACUUGGCAGGGACAAAGUGGCAAUAACAUUACCGAGGGGACCACAGUUCUCCAGGGAGUUAUGAACACAAUUCACUCUAGUACCAAAGUAUUCUUCAACGAGAGCGCGAAUGCAGACUUUGUUAAGCAAAAUAAGUUUGAUUACGCCAUUCUUGUUGUUGGUGAGAAGCCAUAUGCAGAGAUUGCAGGAGACAGCAGAAACUUGACUAUUGCAGAUCCUGGAGGCAGUGUGAUCAUUGAUACCUGCCUCAACACUAAGUGUGUUGUGGUAGUAAUUUCAGGGAGGCCAGUGGUGAUUCAACCUUUUGUAAGGUUUGCAAAUGCCAUUGUUGCUGCUUGGCUUCCAGGAACUGAAGGCCAAGGAAUUGCUGAUGUUCUGUUCGGUGAUUAUGGUUUUACUGGGAAGCUGCCACAGACUUGGUUUAAGAGUCCCGAUCAAUUGCCCAUGAAUGUUGGUGAUCCUCAUUAUGAUCCUCUAUUCCCAUUUGGGUUUGGUCUUGAAACUCAACCAGUCCAAAGUUAUUAGGAGGGAAAAUAUCAACGAAAGAUCGUUAAAAUGAUUUAAUAUUGAAUAAGAAUUUUGAUAGAUUGGAUACUUACCAAAAUUUGCACUUUCACUUAUUAAUUGUUAAUGUUUAUUUAUUACAAGUUCGUAUCUAAUAUUAAGUCAUUUUAGAAGUCCUUCAUUGAUCUUCU